GGUGGCCCAGGGGGCAAAGCGGGGCGGAUCCGGGGAGGGGUGAGAGGCCAUUCGAGGCCGUUGGUCUGUCCGGAACCAGGAACCGGGUAGGACGAGCCAGGAGAGCUAGGAUUUCCUAGCCCGCCGAGUGAGCUAGCGCUGUUUGGAGUCGACACCUGCCGGAGGGGCGCUGUUCUACGACUUGGACACCUCAACUUUCCACAGCCCAAGAUCACCCCUACCUCACCUGCCGACACAAGGCGGGAGUGGCAGGAAGCUACCGCUGUGCCAUGACCUUGCUCUCCUGCCUGCGGGCUCCCUUUCCUGUGGGUUCCUCCGUUUCGCUUCCGUCUUGCAGACUCUAGCACACCCAGCACAGGUAGCCACGCAGGAGGGCAGUCGUCAAGCUGAGAAGCAAGCUCCGGAACCCUGAGUGGAUGAUGUUCUGGACACCGACAUCACAGGGGACCAACACUGCAGCCACCUCUACCUUCACCCCUCUGAAAACCCAGUUCAUUACAGUGUCGAUGCUUUUCCCUGAAAAGGAGGGAACUGCAAGGCUUAUGGAAACUAAGUGAUUUUGCUGAACUGUGGUGUACUCGCGGUGUACCCUUGAAAGCAAACUUGUGGGACUGGGUCGAAGACUUGGAGGGUAUGGAUUGUAAAGCCCUGACUUUAAACACACUCAGGGCAGCCUGUUUUUGCUCUAGCAUUCAGAGAGCCGUAUUUCCAGGUCUCCUCCCUCACAUUCCACCGAAACCAGGGCUUUCCUGAGUGCUCUAGGAGUGGUUCUAAUCUGUGUUGCCUUGGAGGCUACAGUCUUUUUGUGACCCUCUUGUCUUGGUUGUGCAGUCUGACCUAAAUCCACUACUAGCCAGGACAAAGCCACCUCAGUCCAGGCCCUACACAGUCAGGGGUUAAAGCCCAGGCCUCUUGCUAGGUUCCUCAGCUGCACAGGCCUGAGAAAGCCAGCCCAAUCUAGGAUCUAGUAAUAAGGACAUUUCCUUUCUGGUGGGAGAGCAGGUGAGGCCUCUAGUGUUCCACUGGCUAGUCUUCCAUCUACUGCUGUGGUUUAGGCAGCACGAGUCAGGUAACUGGCAUCCUGCUCAGUGUAAAGGAUUGUGGGAAAACAAAUCUAAGGUGGAAAGACUGGGCCUUAAUUAAGGGCACACUUAGCCGUAACUACACACUUUUUCCAAGGCAGUCCUUACACUUUCCACAGUGCUUCAAGCUUAGAAAUCUUAGGGAAUGAAGCUGAGGUCCAAGGGGAUAUGAGAGAAGAAAGGAUAGGGGCUAGGAUGUAGCUCAAUGAUAAGAAUAUUUGCCUAGCAUUUACAAGGCCCUGAGUUCAAUCCCUAAUAUGGGGGUGUUGGGGGGAGUCAUCAUGAAUUAAUUCUACAAGACUCCCCGAAGGGAGUCACAGCUUGUUCUGGGUCAUUAUCAGAGCUCCUUGACUUACCUUUGACCCAAGCUAGUACAGUCUCUGCCCACCCCCACCUCUCCAAAGAGGUCACACAAUACCGUCUUGGGAGGUACCACUUGACACUGUGUCAUGAGAAUAAAACAAAGCUACAGCCACAGCUACAAUUGAUUGAACACACACACUGUCUCCUUUAACCACAGCCAUCUGAGUGAGCGUUCUUGCCUAGUAUUGUGAGACCAUGAGUAUUGAUCCUCAGCAACAGGACAGGGGAAUCCCAUUUUUGCAGAUAAGGAAGAGACAAAGUAAGCAACAUGACCAAAGUCAUGACUAUUAGAGCUAGAUUUCUAAGCCAGGUCUCCUUAACUCUGGAAUCCAUGUUCUCCUGAUCACUGGUCAGCAAAAGAGGUCCUGCCCUGCCCUCCUACUUGCAACCCUGAAAACCCAGCCACGCCUGCUAGUCUAAGUCAGGUCCCCUCAGAAGCCUUCUGACUCACAACGGAGUUUCCGGCCAGGCCAAUGGAGCGUCUUCUCUAAGGUUUUCUUCUUGCAGUCGGCCCUUUCGUGUCCUUCUCUAACCUUAGCUCAAGGCCCUUCUGGCUGAAACCCCACAGGCUUCUUCAUCCUAGUGACUUCACUCAUCUUGGGGGCCCUGGCUCAGAUCCUUAGGAAGGCCUGAGUUGUGGCUGGAGUUCUGUUAAGGUGGUGAGCAGUAGUUCCUCACAGGAACAACAAUCAAACAAACAAAAAGGAUUUCCUUUUUCCUACCUCCAAGUCUCAAUUAGUUGCAGAAAUAGACUUGAAGAGGCAGUAGAAAUUGCCUGGAUGGUUGGAAAGAUAUGUAAAUGUUUUCUCUUUUACCUAUUUCUCCGCUCCGUUUUGGAGAUUGAAAAAAUAUAUAUCUUUAAGUAGUUUAAUAUUAAGAAAAUAAGACAUGAAUGGAGCACUAGGACUUGAAGACAGACUCCUGAGUAAAGAAAAAGCACCAGACUAAGAAAUCCCGUGCUUGUGGAGGGAGGAUUCAGGCUCCUCCCCCACCCCCACUUCUGAGGUCGUGAGAAGACUGCGCCUGGCACUGAGUGAAGGUGGCUAUUGUGACUUCCCGAGCCCGGGAAGGGGUGGCUCAGUGCCAAGGGUGUGACCUGGUCCAAAGCCCUGGGAUGGAACUGCCCUUCGUCCGGGCAGUACCCGAGGAGACCCGUUCUGGGUGAGAGGGCGUGUCAAAGGCGGAGUCUCCAGCCCGAUCUCCCGCCCCGCUCAGCGUCCGCGUGGUUCUCAAACAUUUUACCCCCAGAGCCUGAGGUCCUUAGCCGGCUUCUGGUUGAGGUUGCGCUGCAGAGAGGAUCAAUCCCCCAAGGUCUGACUGUGACCUCUGCCCAGAAAAGACCAAGGAACGCGCUCUUCGGGCAGACCUGGGCUCCACCAGCUUCCAACAACUAGUCUGGGACCAAGAGUUUUGGGGUUCGAAACAAGUGAGCCUCCCCAGAAGGACAGAGCCGGGGUAUUGGACUCGCCAUGGCUGCGCACGCCCGCCGUCUGUGCCAUGUCGCUUUCCAUGUGCCAGCUGGACAGCCCCUAGCGAAGGAUCUACACCGCCUCUUCGGCUUCCAGCCCCUGGCGGUGCGGGAAGCUGGCGGCUGGAGACAGCUGGCCCUGCGCAGCGGAGACGCAGUCUUUCUAGUGAACGAGGGCUCGGGGCCGGGGAAGCCACUGUACGGCCUGGAUCCGCACCACUCGAUGCCCAGCGCCACGAACCUGUGCUUCGACGUGGAAGAUGUGGGCGCCGCCGCCCGGACGCUGGCGGCACGGGGCUGCGUGGUGCCGGUACCACCCACUAGCGUGAGGGAUGCACAGGGCACAGCCAUCUACACAGUGGUCAGCUCUCCGGCUGGUAACCUUAGCUUUACGUUGCUGCAACGUGCUGGCUAUCGCGGAUCCUUCCUGCCUGGAUUCACACCGCUGCCUUGCACGUCUGGCCCUGGCUGGGUCAGCCACGUGGACCACUUGACCUUGGCCUGCACCUCUGGCAGCUCCCCUACUCUUAGGCGGUGGUUCCACGACUGCCUAGGGUUUCGUCACUUGCCGCUGAGCCCAGGUGAGGAUCCGGAGCAGGGCCUCAAGGUGGCUGCAGGGUCUGGGCGAGGGGGACUAAGGCUUACUGCCCUGCAGAUCCCGCCUGACAGCACGGUUCCCACCCUCGUGCUGGCGGAGUCCCUACCGGGACUCCCCAACAAACAGGACCAGGUAGAGCAAUUUCUAGCCCGGCACGGGGGGCCAGGCCUGCAGCAUGUAGGACUGUACACUCCCAACAUCAUGGAAGCUUCUGAGGGGAUGGCGAAGGCAGGAGGCCGGUUCCUAACCCCUCCUGAAACUUACUAUCAGCAGCCUGGCAAAGAGGAACAAAUCAUAGCUGCAGGGCACAAGCCUAGCCUUCUAGGACGGCAGGGAAUUCUGCUAGAUGGCGCUAAAGACACAUUUUUGCUUCAGGUCUUUACCAAGUCCCUCUUCGCUGAGGACACCUUCUUUCUGGAGCUGAUUCAGAGACAGGGGGCCACAGGCUUUGGCCAGAACAACAUCCGGGCACUAUGGCAGUCGGUGCAAGAGGAAGCUGCGAGGGCUCAGGGAGCCUAACGCCCGCUAGAUCUGGGAGUCGCCACCUGUCCUAGGUGCUCUGAGGAAGGAGUCCAGCAUAGGCCUGCUGGAGCUGACGCGCCUCACAGGACCACACCCCAGAUAAAGCCCAUCCUUCCCUUCAGGGCCAGGUGCAGGUCUUCAUUCCAACCAGUACCCGCCAAUUCUAGUCUCUCAACAGACUCCAAAGAGUUGGGACUUAAAAUGUCUGACACCUCUAGGUAAUAAAGUAAUGAGGUCGUGAGACACAAGACUCUGAACUGCCUUUGUGUCGUCUCUGCAUUU